AUGAGUGACUGGGAUUCUGUUACCAUCAUUGGAAAAAAGGCUAGAGUCGGUGGAUCCGGCCCAAAGGAGAGAGUUGUGAGGUCCGAGUCACAGCUGAAUGCUGCUAGAAGAUCGGGUGCCGUCGUUUCUGUGGAAAAGAAAUACGGAACAACCAACGCCAAGGGCGAUCCUGAAGGCCAGAGACUUACCAAAGUGGAUAGAUCCGACGACAUUGUGGCUCCUAAGAAGCUGGAUGCCAAUGUCGGUAAGGCCAUCCAAAAGGCCAGACAGGACAAGAAAUUCACACAAAAGGACCUGGCAACCAAGGUGAAUGAAAAGCCAAACGUGAUUAACGACUACGAAGCAGGAAGAGCUAUUCCUAACCAGCAGCUGUUGGCCAAAUUGGAAAGAGCAUUGGGUGUGAAGUUGAGAGGAAAGGAUAUUGGUUCUCCUUUGUUUGCAAAGAAGAAAUGA